GCUGUCCUCUCCAACCUGAGGGAGCAGUAAUGUGGGAGACUGAGAACAUGAGCUAAUUUAAGUGUUCAGAGGCUCAGAAAGGUUAAAAAGGGAGUUUUUAAGAAAUACGUGAAGACAACAGAAGGCGUAAGUAGUUUGACAUUUAGAGGAAAUAACGCGCCUGAGUCUGUACGCGUUGUUCUGGAGGACUGAAGCUGUUGAAAGGGACCAUAGGGGUGGCUGCUAAUGCUUCGUGAUCUGUGCUGGACUUGCACCUUCAUACUUUGCUUGCCAAAAGACACACAGGCAGCAGCUUUAACAAAUGAUCUGAGAUGAAACAUUCGGCUCCAUGGAUCGUGUGACCUCAACUUGGACUUUGGGGGGAUGUCCAAAGGAAUUUCUUUUGGAUUUGGCUCGGAACACAAAGACGCUCCAGGAGCAGAGGUCCAAAUUUAAACACCUCCAGAGGAUUCGGACGUCUUGAGUCUCUUAGAGGAGAUGGUCAAUGACUCGACACAAGUCGAUUAUCAGAUAAAAAGUGGUUUGUAAAUAAGACUAAAAGGAAUUAAGAUGACAGACCGCCCAGUAUCCAGUCCCUGUCCAAACAUCCCAUCCAAGAAGGCCAAACUUACCAGUGACCUUGUUGGUCAAAACAAUGAAGGUAAAACUCCAUCAGCUCCAGUUUUUAUCCGUAAACUUCGCAAAGCUGCAGUGGGAACAGGUUGUGAUAUCCGACUUAUAGUGUCCGUGUCUGGACAUCCUAAACCUUUGAUGAGCUGGUACCACAACGAUGAGCCUCUACCUGUCUCAGAGGCUCAGGACUCUGGAGGGCUGUGGAUCCGGGACUGUCGCACCGCUGAUGCCGGACUCUAUACCUGCGUGGCGACCAACGACCUGGGAGAGGCCAGCUGCAGCGCUGUGCUGGCAGUCAUGGACCUUGGAGAAGACUCUGAGACCACCGAGGAUGAGACCACAGAACCUCAGAUGGAAACCAAAGAGGGGCUCGGGAGGCACCAGGACAAAACUGGACGGAAAGGAGUCCCAGGUGAGGGAGGAAGGAUGAUGGACUACAAUCCUGACACUUCGGAUCGCAGGGCCACCCUCCCUGGGACCUACGACCCUGUGGUGGAGCGGGAGCUUCGCGCUCUUGGUUCUCGUCCUCCGGGGCCACAUUUGGACCCUACAGACUCAGCCAGGACUCAAACUGGUAAUGAAUCUCUGAGGCUGUCCUCUGGAGACCCCUCUUCUCAGCCACCUUUGGUUGUAGGUAAAAAGAAGAUCAGUCCUCAAAAACAAGAGCACGAUGAAGCAAAAUCUUCAGACCAACAAGAUUGUAAGAACCCCCAGUCAUCUGGCGGUGACAACAUCAUGACGCCCAAAAUGGCUCGUGCAGGACCUAAAAUCUUCGACAAGGUUCGGGCUUUUGAGGAGAGAAGGAGGAGUGUGGAUCUCCCAGGUGGAACAGUUUCCAGUAACUUGGAUAACAGUGGAGGGAAGAUAGGAGUCAAAGAGGUGGGUGUAUCCCAAAAGAGGGCAGCAUUCCAACAACGGGCUUCCUCCCUGGAAGACCAGACGAGUUACUCUCAGAGGGUUCAGAACUACCAGAACAAGUUUGCAGAGGAGCUCCAGAGAAUCAAGAAGCUUGUAGGGAAGUCGAGCUUGAAGAAGGCCUUUUCUACUGAGCAGCUGUCUCAGAAAGACUGUCUGAAACCUGGGAAAGUUGAGCCCAUUCCUCGCCAAGUGGUGCAGAAGUUAGAGGCGAGGGAGCGAGCUCUGGAGGAAGGGAGAGUUGGAGGCAGAGGUUCAGGGAAUCAAAGGAGCAAGCCUGAAAAGGAUAGCAUGACGCUGAUGGUGGACGACUCUUCGUGGCGAGGGAAAAACGUUGUUACUGUGGAAACGGCACCCGUUAAACAGUUACCAGGAGAACCAACAGCAACAAGGACAAGCUUCAACAGCAAAACAUCAGAACAUCUGGGAACACGCCCAGAAACAGACAAGACGGAAAACAAACCAGAGGAACGAGCUUCCCCAGUUACCGGAACCGAACAAUCCAAACCAUCACGAAGGACCCCGUCUCCUGCUCCAUCAGUCAGCCCUGUGCUAAAAAAGAGAAGGGCAGAGGCGGCCUUGCAAGCGAACACUCCCACAAUCCUAGUGGAGGAUGAGCACAUGGCAGAGGACCGUGGUGCAAACAAGAGCAAGAGAACGGAUGAAAGAGUUCGCAAAACCAGAAAAGGUGUCCCGAAACAGUCCAAAUCUCCAGGGGAAGGUGGAUCAUCUGAUGACUCCUGCAUGUCGGCUGAUGAGGAGCCAGUGGAGGGCCCCGUGUUUGAGAAGCCUCUCCAGGACACCACAGCCUCAUGUGGCUCUGAGAUCACGCUGACAUGCAUCAUCGCCGGCAGCCCGGCUCCUACAGUGACAUGGAGGAAGAAUAAUGUGGCGCUACGGAGCGAUGCCUUCUAUGUUGUUAAGUCUGAGGGCAAGCAGCACAGCCUGGUGAUAAAGGAGAUGAGGCGGCACAAUGCGGGAUCGUACUGCGUCACAGCUGUCAACGCAGCAGGGAGCGCGUCCUGCAGCGCCGCCGUCUACAUUCAGUCAGAGCCAAUCCACCUUCGACAUGGAAAACCAGCUGUAUCUGUGGAAGUGAGCAGUCCGGUCCAGUCGGAUGAGGAGAAUCUCAGCCCUCAGGAGGAGGCGAUGGAGGUCGGAGGCUCGUCGUCUCUGAGUCCAGGUCUUCACUUUAAAGAACCUCCAUCCUUUCAGGUGACGCCAUUCGACCAGGGAGUAACUGAGGGCCAGGAUGUGGUUUUAUCAGCUAAAGUCAGAGGGCAGCCCAAACCCACGGUGUUGUGGCUGAAGGACUCCGCUACGGUGAGAACGGGAGGUCGUUUCACUGUGAGAGAGGCUGAAGAUGGCUCCUUUGAGAUGAGAAUCAGCUCAGCCCAGAAGUCUGACUCUGGGCUUUAUGUUUGUAAGCUCCUGAGCGAGUGUGGAACCAAGCAGGCAGAGUGCCGGCUGGAGGUCCUAGAACACGUAAACCUAAAAAUCACCAGAGAGGUACAAAACGUGUUGGUGAAGGCUGGAGAGUCAGCCAUGUUUGAGUGCGACAUCACUGGACCUCCAGAUGUGGAUGUUGAUUGGCUGUCUAAUGGGAAGCUCAUCCAGCCAGCGCUGCUUAACUGCAAGAUGCAUUUUGAUGGAAAGAGGUGUCGUCUCAUGCUGAAUUCUGUCCAUGAGGAUGACAGUGGGAUGUACACCUGUAAGCUGAGCACAGCUAAAGAGGAGUUGACUUCAAGUGCAAAUCUGAGAGUCACUCCUUCCAGGGAGCCAUUGUUCACCCGCAAGCUGGAUGUCCUGGAGGUCACUGAAGGUCGCACUGCACGGUUUGACUGUAAGGUGAGCGGCUCACCUGCUCCGCGGGUCACAUGGAUGCACUACGAGGCACGAGUGGAGGAGAGUGAUAACGUCCGCAUCUUUCAGGAGGGGGGGCGCCACUCACUUGUCAUCAGCCAUGUCAGCAGCGACACAGAGGGCUUUUACACAGCGAUUGCUCAGAAUGUUCAUGGAAAGUCUGAAAGCACCGCUGAGCUGUACGUGCAAGAAGCCAGAGCCGCCAUCUCUUCCCACAUGGCCAAGCUAGAGAAGAUGCCAUCCAUCCCCGAGGAGCCUGAAACGCUUGAAAGCGAGCCAGAGAGGAGGACCAUGCCAGACUUUGUCAAACCUCUGGCAGACGUGGAAGUGGUUGCAGGCAAGGAGGCAGUACUGAAGUGUAAAGUAGAAGGCCUGCCAUACCCCACCAUCUCCUGGUACCACAACGGGAAACGCAUCGAGAGCAGCGAGGAACGCAAAAUGACUCAGUACAGGGAUGUCCAUAAUCUGGUCAUUCGGAGCACUUGUCAUGGCCACAGCGGCGUCUACAAGGCUGUUAUCGCUAACAAAGUUGGAAAAUCCGCCUGCUACGCUCAUCUCUACGUGACAGAUAUCGUUCCCGACCCUCCCGAUGGUCCUCCGGUGAUUGAGGCCAUCUCUGGGAAAACUAUAACCCUCAGCUGGAAGCCUCCAAAGAAGCUCGACUGUUCAUUAGAUUCCAGCUCCUUGCUCUAUGUGGUCCAACAGCAGUCCCUGGGCUCAAUCCAGUGGUCUGUGGUGGCAUCCAACCUGAAGGAGACCCAUCACACCGUCACCUCUCUGUCCAAGGGAGUCCGUUACGCUUUCAGAGUCUUGACUUCAACCGGGAAGACACUGAGUAAACCAUCAGUCCCCACUGAUCUGGUCCAGCUGUUGGACAGAGGGCCAUAUUUAAGGAAAGCUCCAGUUAUUUUGGAAAAACCUGACAUUGUGUAUGUGGUGGAGAACCAGCCGGCAAACAUCACCAUCACACUGAAUCAUGUACAUGCAGCCGUCACGUGGAAAAGGAGGGGGGCAGUGUUGGUCAGCAGACCAGGAAUGUAUGACAUGAGCAUGCCAGACGAUGAUCAGCACUCCCUGAGGAUACAGCGGGUCAAGAGUGCUGACAUAGGUCAGCUCGUGGUCACAGCCAGCAACCAGUUUGGUAGUGACCUCUGCACCCUUCAGUUGGCCAUGGCAGUUGCUCCAAAGUUUGAAACCAUCAUGGAAGACGUGGAUGUUCAUGUUGGGGAAACAUCUCGUCUGGCUGUUGUGGUUGAAGGGAAACCAGAUCCAGACAUUCUGUGGUUUAAGGACGAGCUCCUUCUCUCCGAGAGUAGCUUCUUCACUUUUGUGUACGAUGAUCCUGAAUAUUCCCUCGUCAUCCUCAACGCUCAACCCGAACACUCGGGUGUGUACACCUGCACCGCAAAGAAUGUGGCUGGCUCCAACUCCUGCAAGGCUGAGCUCACAGUUUCUACAGGAGAAAAGGAGGCAGUAGAGCCAAUGGAGGAUGAAGGGACCAUUCUGAGGAAGAUGAGGCGUUUGACGGAUUACUACGAUAUCCACAAAGAGAUAGGAAGGGGAGCCUUCUCCUAUGUGAAGAGAGUCACGCUUAAGGAAGGGAAGACUGAAUUUGCAGCCAAAUUCAUUUCAGCUCGAGGAAAAAGAAAAGCCUCAGCCCUUAGAGAGAUGGAGCUGCUCUCUGAGCUGGACAACGAGAAGAUUCUCUACUUUCACGACGCCUUUGAGAAGAAGAAUGUGGUGGUGCUCAUUACAGAGCUAUGUCACGAGGAGCUGCUGGAUAGGAUGGCCAAGAAAACAACCGUUAUGGAGCGGGAGAUUCGCAAUUCUGUUCAGCAGAUUCUGGAGGGUCUUCGUUAUCUGCACCAAAACAGUAUCGUUCACCUCGAUGUAAAGCCUGAAAACAUUUUAAUGGCAGCUCCAGGAAGUGACCAUAUCCGUAUUUGUGACUUUGGAAAUGCCAUAAAAUUGGAUGCGUCAGAGGAGUACUACUGCAAAUAUGGCACACCAGAGUAUGUUGCUCCAGAGAUUGUAAACCAAACUCCAGUUUCCACAGCAACAGACAUAUGGUCUGUUGGUGUCAUUGCUUACCUCUGUCUUACUGGGGUGUCUCCCUUUGCUGGUGAGAACGACAGAGCCACCGCCCUAAACAUCCGCAACUACAAUGUGGCUUUUGAGGAGAGCAUGUUCUUGGACCUCUGCAAAGAAGCAAAGGGAUUUGUCAUCAAGUUUUUGGUGGUGGACAGACUGAGACCGAGCGCCACUGAAUGCCUCCGUCAUCCUUGGUUUAAGUCAACAACGAAUAAGAGCAUCAGCACAGCUUCGCUAAAGGAGGUCCUAUCUAGGAGGCGUUGGCAGCGCUCUCUCAUCAGCUACAAAUCCAAAAUGGUAAUGAGGUCCAUCCCAGAGCUUCUGAGUGACUCAUCCACCCAUGUUUCCAUUGCCGUGGCCCGGCAUUUGAAAGAAGGCUCCCCGGCACCCUCGUCGUCCUCUGACUCAGACGUAGAUGCGGAUGAGCUUCCCUUUGUUCCCAUGCCCCUGUCCAUGGUCUUCUCUGGUUCCAGGAUCUCCCUUAAUGAGAUCCCAGUGGAUGAAGUUGAUCUCCCUAAUAGUAGGAAGGAAAGGGACCUCAUGGGUGAUGAAAGAGGGGCUAAUACAAGCGAAUCAGAUAAAACUCCAAAUGAGGAGACAUUAGGCAAAUAUGAACGAGAUGCUCUUAAAAAAGGAUCAAGUGUUGAGUCCAACGAAUCACAGACAAGACCAAGACGGGCUACCAUGAGGAGAGGCAGCUCUGCUGAUUCGGCACUGCUUCUCCAAGUAUACACAGACAAGGAAAAUGCAAAUGAGGACUUGGAGACAAGUAGCAAGAGUCUGAAAAAGGCUGUUUCUAUGGAGCUGCCAAACCGCAGCUCAAGCCCUGGGGCUACAAAGUUAAGUCAGGAGGAAUAUGCCCUCAAACUGGAGCUGAUGAGGCAGCGACUGCUAAGAGGGGGAAAUAUUGAUAAAAAGAUGAGCGGGCUGCGGGGGCCUUUGUUUGAAACGCUUGGCAUGGAUGACGAGAGCCAAACUAGAUCCCUUGAUCGAAAUUUGAGAAGAUCUAGAGCAGGGCCAUCAAUGCUCGCCCGAGCAGCGUCAUCCGAGAGUUCAGGAGAGGACACACCAAAGACCAACAUUUUCCGCAAAACUGUCUCCUUCACUCAGGGAGAUUCUGAGCCCAUGCCCUUGCACCGUAGAUUUGGAGCCCCCUUGGAGAUCCCAUCUGCCUGCAGUGCAAACAUAGAAGGGAAGGCACUUCAAGAGGCGACUUCAAUGUCUGCGCUGAUGGAACAAACAACAUUAGAGUCCUUAUCUUCCUCACAGAGAGAGGAAACUUCCUUUGUAUUCCCAACAGAACCAAAACUGGACCAACACAUACACCAGAACAAUGUGAAACAUGACAAUGUAGAGGGAACAGACCAAAGGACCAAAUCUCAACUAGAAAAGAGAGGUAGAGCAGAAUCUGAAUCCAAACCUGUUAUAGUGGAAGAUGAAGAGAAGAACCAUGGCAAGGGUGAGAAAGAGAAUGGCACAAAGUCUACCGGUACAUCUGCAUCGCCCGAGCAUCCAGCUGUGUUUGCCAAAAUAGCAACUAGUGACCAAGCUCCUGCUUCCGUUUCCCUUUCAUCUAGCUCCAAUCUUCCUACCGUCCCCCGUCAUCCAGUGCUCAGAACAGACAUCAAAGACAUCGAUUCAGAGGAAGUCUUUGAAGCCAGGUUUAAGAAGCGGGAGUCGUCUUUGACCCGUGGCCUCCGCAAACUGACCAGGAACAAAUCAGAUGAGAAAUCACCCAUAUUGAGCCGUAAAGAGGUUGAAGGUGGUGAAGAAAUUUACAGGCCAGGACCGAGGGGGGCGCCUCUGGAAAUGGUACCCAGAGUACUAUCGGAAAAAUCCAAAUCCGUUCAAGAUUUAAGAGAAGUGGAUCGAGAAGCGGGCCUUGGUCUGAUUGGGAGGCUGUCUUUGCGAGCGAAGAAAUCAACAUCCACCGAGAAGAAAGGUGAGAAACCAAAUGGGGGAAAGCAACAGAAUGUUCAAGAAGCUGCCAUAAAUAAGAGGGUUUCCUGGGCCGUUGGUCGGAGUAAGUCUCUGGAUACAACAGAUCUGAGUAGUUCCAAGACACGGAGGCAAGUGGAUGAACUCGAGCAAGAGAAGGCAGAGGAAUCAUCAGUUUCUUCCAUGAGGCGCAAGUUUGAGUCUAAAGUGGCAGGCAUCUCAGCCAAAAUAAGGAGUCAGUCAGAGGAGAGGAAAGCCAAAGAAGGUGGGGGGAGUCACAAAGACCUAAAGGAUCUCAAAAAGGUCUUAGAAUCUCCUGUUCUGGUGAUGCGUCAACGAUUUGAGAGCAAAGUUUCCAAAGUGCGCAGUCAGUCUAAAGACAGAACAGUAGAUGAAGAGGUUAUAAGUACCCCUCCCUUUCCUCGGCAUCGUCGUUCCCAUUCUGAGGGACGUGAACUCAAACAAAUGGGUAUCCCUGAGAACCAGCUCGCAAAACAAACCAGUGCUAGAGCUUCCAAAGAAUCCAUUGAGUCCACAUCCAGCAUCCAGUCUGAUCGGGCCUCAGAGAGCGACAGGCGAUCACGGUGGGACAAAUGGGGCUUGACCAGGGCCAAGAGGGACAAAACUCCUUUGCGGUCGGAUUUACCCUCAACUAUACCCAAGGAAGAAGGUUCAACAAAGGGUCAAGGCUUCAUCCGCUCUGCCUCAGAUUUUGCUCCAGUGUUCCACAUAAAGCUAAAAGACCACAUCUUGUUGGAGGGAGAAUCUGUGACCCUGAGCUGCCUCCCAGCAGCCAGUCCACACCCCCAAAUCACAUGGAUGAAAGAUCGGAAACCACUGGAGGUGACAGAAGACCGGCUCAAGCUGGUCUCCCACACCGAUGGAAGACAGCUCCUUACCAUACAGAAAUCCAGCCAUAGGGACGCUGGAGUUUAUGAAUGUGUAGCAACCAACCCCAUUGCCACUAUCACCACCUCCUGCACACUCUGCCUUGCCUUGAUGCCUAAGCGGCCAGGAACCCCUGAAGUAGCGCAGACUUACAACAACACGGCUCUGGUGUUGUGGAAGCCAGCAGACACCAAAUCUCCUUGCAGCUACUCUCUGGAAAGGAAAACAGAAGGUGAUUCUCAUUGGGUGACUGUUGUCACCGGAAUAGUGGACUGCUACUACAAUGUCACUGACCUGCCACCAGGUGGCGUCAUAAGGUUUAGAGUGUCCUGUGUCAACAAGGCUGGACAAGGUCCAUACAGCAGCUGCUCUGCUCCAGUCAGCCUGGACUCUACAGCUGGAGGAGCUUUCCCUCCUGUUGCUGUAGUGAAGACAGUCCCAGCCCCUCCUGAGCUGGUGAAAGUCCCUCAGAUCAAACCAGAUGACCGAACAGACUCCAGCAUCACAUCCACCUCCUCUUCUCCAGCUCCUUCAGAAACUGCAUCCAAAGCAGUCGUGACCACACCCCCUCCAACUUCUCCAACCCCAGAAAUACAAUCAUCUUCGGAAGACACUCGAAAAACUUGCACCACCCUUCCUUCAGCCCCUCAAAUGAAACCCCUCCCAUCAUUUGAUGUCCCCAAACCCCAAAGUCCAGUCAACGUGGUGACCCCAAUGACCCAGACCCCACCCGUAUCACCACCUCCUUUUGUGACUCAACCCUCCACCCCAAUGAAACCCUCUGUGACCUCGGUGCCCACCUAUGUUCCCACGACUACCGCCACAGCUCGUGUUGCUCCGACUCCGUUGUCCUCCCCGCAAGUGCUCCAGAGCUCCAGCCUGAGCCCCAUGGGAGAGAGGCCGAGUACACCCACCAGAGGAACUCCAUCAGGGCGCACCACACCAACCACUGCACUACGACAGGGGGUUCCACAAAAGCCAUACACUUUCUUGGAUGAAAAAGCCAGGGGUCGUUUUGGGGUCAUUCGUGAAUGCAGGGAGAACGCAACUGGGAAACUCUACAUGGCAAAAAUCAUUCCCUAUAGUUUGGACACCAAGCAGGACAUGCUGAAGGAGUAUGAAAUCCUUAAGUCCCUUCAUAAUGAAAAGAUCAUGGCCUUGCAUGAGGCCUAUGUCACCCCCCGCUACCUGGUUCUGGUGGCAGAGUACUGCACAGGCAAAGAGCUGCUGUACAGUCUCACAGACAGGUUCCGCUACUCCGAGGAUGACGUGGUUGGCUAUUUGGUUCAGAUUCUUCAGGCUGUCGAGUACCUCCACAACCACCGCAUCCUCCACUUAGACCUGAAGCCCGAUAACAUCAUGGUGACUAACCUCAAUGCCGUUAAGAUUGUGGACUUCGGCAGCGCCCAGAGCUUUAACCCCCUCAACCUGAAGCCCCAGAACUCUGUGUCGGGAACACUGGAGUACAUGGCUCCUGAGAUGGUAAAAGGUGACGUUGUUGGUCCUCCAGCUGAUAUCUGGACUGUUGGAGUUGUUACGUACAUCAUGCUUAGUGGCCGACUGCCCUUUGAAGACAAAAACCCUCAACAGGUUGAGUCUAAAGUCCUGAUGGCCAAGAUGGACCCAACUAAACUUUACCCAAAUGUUUCCCAAAGUGCCUCAACCUUUCUCAAGAAGAUGUUGAGCAGUUACCCUUGGGCCCGUCCCACUACGCGUGACUGCUUCACGCAGGCCUGGCUGCAAGACUCGUACCUGAUGAAGCUCAGGAGACAGACUCUCACUUUCACCUCCAGCCAGAUCAAAGAAUUCCUGGUGGAGCAACAGAGCCGCCGCACGGAGAGUGCCACCAAGCACAAGGUGCUCCUGCGCACCUACCAGGGCUCGCCUCAGUCUCCUUCAUCCGGGACAGCACCGCAGGUUCCUGCCCUAAAGUGAGACGAUGGCGAAAACACUUAGAAACCACGUCUGUGAACCAGAUCUGGACACAUCUGCUGGGCUAACAUAACCGGAUUCUGAGAAGGAAUCUAAAACACAAACCACACUGGUGUUUCUUUAAGUCUGUAAAGUUCAGGAACUUCUCCAAACAACUGAAACUGAUUGCACAGUCUCUCUGACACAUUAUUUGUUUUGAAAAUCUACAUUUGUAUUUGGUUUGUAUAAAUAUGCACGACUAGAAGCACUGACACAAGAGUCGGUGAUCUCUCCGAUACCAUGUCUGUUCAUAAAAAUGUUUCAGCAGAGCAGUACCAGCAGCAUGACGUUCACCUUUUCAGGUGGAGAAGAAGCGAGGUGACGCGUUAUGGUGCCUGGAUGCUGUAGGAGAAUUGGGCAGCCUGUGAGUGCUUUGGGAUGAGUAACGAUGUGCGCUUUUAAGUCAGAAUUUCCAAAAUUCCAAGAAAAGGUCUCUGGAUUUAGUUUCUACUUUGAAAAGGAGCCACUAGAGAGGCUAAAGAUAGCAACAAAGUCACUAUUUCUGCAAAUUUUGCAGUCGAUUAGCAAAAGAGGAAGGGCGAAGGCACCACUGACAGCCUGGCAAGCCAUCCUUUGUAUGUGAAUAUAUAGAAUUUGGUCAAGUUCUCUAGGCUACGCCAUUGAGGUAUUUUAAACGAAUAAUGGUGACAAAAGUGAAAAAGAUCUACAUGAUGCUACAUUUGCUAACAGCAAGAAACAUCUAAGAAGUGUAAUGACGUUUAUUUGCACCCAUAUCAGUACUCAGUAUUGGCAAGUCCACCAAAGCAAAUAUUGGUGCAUUUCUGUUUGAAUCAGAUACAUUUGUUAUUGUUUAAAGCUGCUAAUUUUCUUCUGCAUUUAGCCCAAUUUAUCACCAAAUAUUGUAUUAUUUUCCUUGAGAAAUGUUUACUUUUUUCAUGUUAAUUUAUUUGCGUGUGUGUGUGUGUGUGUGUGUGUGUGUGUGUGUGUGUGUGUGUGUGUGUGUGUGUGUGUGCCCAAACGUUUUGGCUCACUUUUGAAAUUAAUAGGGAGAAAAUAAAUGAAAUAAGAACAUGUUUGUAACUGAUGUGGAGUCAGAUUUUUUGGAUAGGACUUUGUCUUGUUCUGUGAUCAAGCCUGACUAAUAGAAGUAAGAGAAGCAGUUUGUAAUGUAGAUUUGCUGUGGUUUGUCAGUUUUACACAUCGGUUGGUCUGGUUGCUCUAAUCACCAUCAUCCAGUUAGUGCCUCGGAUUAUAAUCUGACAUUUGUGUCUCUGAAGUAAAGUCUUGAUGAUUCACACAUAAACCAACAUGGGGUCUUUGUAAAAUGAGAGUGUCUUCUGUAUUACCCCUUCACAGUGUUCCUUUUGUAUGAAUUUGGAUGGUUGACGAUUUGCAAAUGUACCAAUUUGCUGUGUUUAUAUGUGAGAAAAGAUGAACAUGCUUUCAUGAGAUGGUAUGUAAUAAACUAUUGAUACCUUUGGGAAUAGUAACAUGUUUCAAACAUGUUGUCUUCAGUUGACUGGAUGGGAUUUAUUGAAACUAUUUAAAAACUUAAGUAUUGAGGCCUUGUUGCCAUUCUUGUAAAAAAAUUUUAAAAAAUAAGUAUGAGGAGUUAAUUUGCAAAAGCAGAUUGAAGUCACCAAACUUUAUUUUGACUGAUGUCACCUGAAGUAAGUAAUAAAAAGAUGCUUUUUGAAAAUGUUUUUAUAAAAACUGAGGUUUCUGUUUUUGCAAAUGAACUAUUUCUAUGAUUUUAUUACAAGCUACAAAUGCUCAGAUGAGUAAACAUUUCAAUUUCACACAAGGAAAAACUAAUGUAAUCAAAACUCUAAAGAAACAGCAACAAAAUGUCUGUUUAACAUUGAUGUAAAGUGACCAAACCCAAUGUAAGACCCAAAAUAAACCAAUAAAUUGGAUUUUUGAGGGACAACAAUGAAA